UCCAAUAAUCUGUGUUAUACUCCCCCCCGCCCCCUUUUUUUCGCACAAUGGCAGAAGUAGCAAAAGCUGACGUCCAAAAAGCCGUUCUCUCUCCACCGGAUUGGCUUAGAAUUUGGAGAAAGCAUUUCUACGGUCAACGUUGGGGUUUUGUUGCUUUCCGCGCCGCCUGCUUUGGCGGCGAUAAUGACAACGAUCGCUGGACUGAGUUUCAGAAGCAGUUCAAACGGAUUGUCGAGUUACCUUUCACGCGUGCUAUUACCCAGGCGCAAGAAGAAGGGGUUUUGCUCCCGGACGAUUUCAACGAGGCCAGAGCAAAGUUUGAGAUUCAAUGGGUAGAAGAAGUUCCCCUAGAUGGUGGGACUCUUACCACAGUUGCUAGUGCAGAUUCACUCCGAGCGAAGUAUGCCGCUCUGAGGCCUAGCCUAGACCCUGGGCUGUGUUGGGACGUUUUCUUCUGCGCGUCUCCUGAAGCAGUCGAGUCUUUCGAGAAUGAAGCGUCAACGACCGAUGAGACGAGUAGUUUUUGGAGAGCCCGGGCGCCGUUCCUCUUAGCAGUUUCGGCUCACAGUGAGUCUGGGCUAGAGGAAGAUCAUGAAGAGACCGCAUGGUUCAAGCCGGUUUUUAAGAUUGCAGCUGAGGUAUUGGUAGAGUCACUAUUCACCGUCCUUGAUAUGGGGACACCGCUACGACGUAUUACGCGGAGUGUUCUUCAGGCGACCGAACUUGAUCAGUCGGCCGAACAACGUCAGAAAGAGCCAAUUGAGGAGACUGGGAACUUAGAUGAGAUCUGGUGGUCGAUGCAUCCUUCACCUGCACGACUAAGGAUGAGGCGGAACAUUGGGCCAAUACAAUAACCAUGUUCCGAAUAACUCGGCAAGGUCUUCAAUGAUAGCUUUUAUUACCCUGUUCCUAGGUGUCCAUAAGGUCAUAAUUAUUAACAUCAAGAGUUGAUCGCCGCAAGAUUAUUAGAAGGCGUUAGGAGGUUAUCUCGGAC